AUGCCCCUCUCCAUCAAGUCCGUCCAAGGCAAAUCCGCCAUUGUCACGGGAGCUGGUUCUGGUAGGCCCCUCACCAUCCCGAAACAUUGCACGCUGACUCCUCAAGGAAUCAACCUAUGUUUUGCGAAACUACUGGCAGAGAAUGGAUGCAAUGUCUUGAUCGCCGACCUGGCCUUGCGCCCCGAAGCACAAGUCCUGGUGGAGAAACACAAGAGCGGACCCGGGCGUAUUGUGUUCCAAGAAACCAACGUGAUUGACUGGAUCCAGUUAGAGCGGAUGUUUGAAGUUGCCGAGAAGGAAUUUGGUUCGAUCGACAUCGUGUGCCCGGGAGCUGGAGUCUACGAGCCGUAUUGGUCCAAUUUCUGGCACCCACCUCAUUCAGAGAAGAGCAAGGAUUUGCCUGGGAGUGGUCGAUACGCCCUCGUUGAUAUCAAUGUCACCCAUCCAAUCCGCACGACGCAGCUGGCGAUUGCGUAUUUCCUCAAGCAUCGUGACAGCAUUGGUCCCAAGCACAUCGUCCAUAUCUCCAGCAUUGCGGGCCAGAAUGCCAACCUCACAGCACCCAUCUAUUGCGCCACCAAACAUGCCAUCAACGGCCUGGUCCGGUCGCUCAGUUCUCUCGACCAGAGGCUGGGAAUCCGGGUGACUGCUGUAGCCCCGGGGGUCAUCAAAACACCACUCUGGAUGGAUAACCCUGAGAAAACGCGCCUGAUUGACACUAAGACAGAUGUGUGGGUGACUCCUGAGGAAGUGGCGGAGGUGAUGCUGGCACUGGUCCAGCAAGACGAAGUAAGUGAGAUCAUUGGGGAUCGGUCGGGUCGGGGUCCAUUAUACAAGGUAUCCGGUGGAACAAUUCUGGAAUGCUCAAAGACUGUUCGUGCUGUGGGUCAAUUCAAUGAUCCUGGUCCUGGGGAUCGACCGGGCAAUACGGCAUCGGUGCAUCGCCUUGCGGAGGAAGAGAGCUAUCAAGACAUGGGGCGAAAGGGAUGGGGACUGCCCAAGCUGUAA